ACUUAUGAACCUGACGUGGCAGUAGAGUGUAAAAGUUCGAAUUUAUAAAACGAAGUAGAAGAAAAUAAACGGCGCUGGUUUUGAACUUUGUUGAAGAAUGUGUGAAGGUGUGGUUCCGCAGCACCGGAGUUGGAAUUAAUCAAUUUUGUGUUAACGUUCCCUGGGUCGUUACAUGUCACUCACAUCACUACAAGGAAUACGUUGCAGAGCCGCAGAACGGCACUAUGGAGUCGACCGUGGUGAAUCUGUACAAUCAGUUCCUGAGUUUACGGACCCUGGUGGACGGUCUGAAUGAGAGCGUUGAACCACAGUUUCUUCAGAUGGCCAUAAACUUUGAGGACUGCAGAAAGAAGUGGCUUCAGUCAGGUGAGGAGCUGCUAUCCUGCAAAGAGAUGCUGGCUAAAGCUGAAACAGAGAGGGGAGCUUUGGAGGUCAAACUGAAGCAUGCACGCAAUCAAGUGGACGUGGAGAUCCGUCGGCGGCAGAAGGCUGAAGCCGUCCAUGAGAAGCUGGAGCGUCAGCUACAGCUGAUCCGGGACAUGCUGAUAACAGAGAAUAGUAGUAGCAUGCACCUAAGUGAGGAGCAGCGCUCUGCCCUGGCCUUUCUCAGUGCACACUCUCAGGCUGCUAAGUCCAACCUUAACUCCAGCAGAAGGUUGAUGGCCAUUGAUGAAUCAACCUCCAUAAUGUCAGACAUAAGCUUUGAUCAAACAGAUGACUCCAUGGCCUGUGAUUCUUCUGUCAUGAAGACUGUGAGACUGCGGAAACGUCCGAAGCGACGCUCUUCUCGAAAACUUGAGGUUCCUCCGCAAGCAAUGAAGAAACCUCGCUCCACGGGCCGCGCAUCUAAUCGAAUAAAUGACUCCAUAGUUGCCAAAACCACCAUCACUGUGCCAGGAAAUGGCUGUGCUGUGGAGGCUGUCUCCACUAUCGAGGCUGUCCCCUAUGGGACACGCAGUAGGAAGAAGAGUGUUGCUCCAGCCUGGGCUGAAUCAACCUCUAUUGAGCUGUCCGAAACCAACAGUGAAGCACCCAGCACACCACUCUCGGAUUUUCCCCCUCACCUCCAAACUCCCAGACUCAAGAGAGGAGGAGAAAAGCAGCAUAUCUUUGUCCCCAAAACAGUGAUCAAAUCUGAGUUCUGUGCACCAUGUGGAAGAAGAACAAAGUUUGGCAAGAUGUACCUUCGCUGUCAGGACUGCAGGAUUGUGACUCAUCCCGAGUGCCGUGACUGCUGCCCCCUGCCCUGCAACCCCGUGUCCAUCAGUACUCCCAUCAGGACUGCAGAGAGCACCCUGGCUGACUUUGCGCCAACAACUUCUCCAAAGAUCCCAGCUUUAGUUAUCUACUGUAUCAAGGAGAUUGAACACAGAGGCCUGCAUGAGGUUGGCCUGUACAGAAUUUCUGGCCAGGAGCGUCAGGUGAAAGCACUGAAGGAGAAGCUGAUUAGAGGAAAGACACUGCCACCGCUAAACAAAGUCGAGGACAUCAACGUCAUCACUGGUGUUCUUAAAGACUUUCUCAGGAACCUUCCUGAGCCAAUUCUCACCUUCCGCCUCAACAAAAACUUUAUGGAGGCAGCUGAAAUCCAGGAUGAGGGGAACAGUCUUGCAUUGUUGUACCAAACCAUCAGCGAGCUGCCUCAACCCAACCGAGACACUCUAGCCUGCGUCAUGAUCCAUCUGCAGAAAGUGUCAAAGAGCGUGGAUACAAAGAUGGAUGUGACAAACCUGGCCAGGGUGUUCGGCCCUACUCUUGUCGGCCACGCUGUUCCAAAUCCAGACACUAUGACUGUCCUGAGUGACACAAGCAGACAACCACGGGUAAUUGAGCGCUUGUUUAGUAUCCCGGCAAGCUACUGGAGUCAGUAUGCCUAUCCGGAUAAUAUAGACGUGGAGAGUGCUCACUUCACUGGGACUCCUAGUCACAAUGUCAGCAUACUUGGACCACUGACCACUCCUGAGCAUCAGUUGAUGGCAAAGACGCCCUCCUCCAGCUCGCUAUCGAAGCGGAUGAUGCAGACCUUCUCCAGCACCACCAUAUUUGCAGGCAAGAACAAAACAGCUGCUAGCCCCCGGGUCAACUUCUUCGAGUCUCCACAUCUGAAGUAACGGCCCACUGGAGUUUACAAAAAGCAGAUAAUGGCUUCUGUAUUACUUGCUGCAAUAACAAGCUCCAUUUCCACAAGAAUGUGAGUAACACUAAGGUGCAGGUUUAUCUUAAGAAUGCAUUAUAUCCACAUCUCAUUUGCUUUCUAAUCAAGUGAAGUAGCUUACACAUGAAGAAUUUUUAUAUCUUUGAUUUAUAAGUAAGUCCUCACUUAUGAAGGACCAAAAGCUGUACUAAUGAGGUUACGAGGCUUUAAUGACCAAGCAACUCCAGCUAACCUGUUUGAAGGACCUUUUCUUUUGUGUGUUCAAUCAUCCAUUGUGGUUGUAACGGCAUCCUCGGGGGAUGGAGCAGCAUAUGAAACUGGGCCAAAGGGAGGAAAAAAAAUGAAUGAUUACUUGUGUUUGAGAAUCUUGUGGCAUUGAGCUGACGCCUACUUUAAAGCUUGCUUUAAACACUGUAUUUCAUGUUUAUGUUGUGUGGUAAGGCCGAUUCACAAUCAGACUACUGUAUAUGGCCAAAUAACACUACUAACACUGAUGCUAAAUGGGAAUUAUGCAGUAUUUUGCACUGUAUCUAUGCAACAAACAGAAUGGAUGUACGCACCACUAGAGGCUGCUGUUGUAUUACUAUUAUGCUUACAUUAUGCUCGUGCAAUUGUAACUAACUUCUGUGAUUGCCCUUGAACUGAUAAGAGCACACCAGGUAUCACUGGAUAUCUGCUGUUCAUACCGAAAGAACUCCAACCAAGCUUUGUGUGCCAACAACUUAACUACUGCAUUCAUAUAUGCAUUUUAAACUUAAUACAUUUAAAUGCCAGUUAUGCCUUUUUUAUGUUGUAGUCUAAAAAAAAAAAUCCCAACAAAAAAACAACGGCAACAAAACUUUUGAUUCAAACGAGUUGUCGUUCUUUUGAAUGAAGUGUUGGGAAAGCACGUGAGAGAAAUGGUGAUCCAACAGGUUUUGCUUUUUUUUUGUCAAAAAUCUCUUCUGUACCCACUUCUGCAAACCCAAACUGGAAUCCAGUGGAACAGAGCCCACGGUUGAUGUCGAAACAAAGCAUUAAAUGUCAUUUCCUCUC